CUCUCUCUCUCUCUCUCUCUCUCUCUCUCUCUCUCUCUCUCUCUCUCUCUCUCUGUCUCUGUGUGUUUCAGGAGGUGACAGGAGGAGCAAUGUGGAAGACACGCGUGGUAUUCGUCACUGUUUUCACCUGCGUCUUCCUGACCAGCCAUGCUUCUGAAAUCGAGAGCACAACAAGUAGAAGAGACAACCAUGAAGAUAACGGAAAUAUUAACCAAGUUAGACUUCCUGGCGUGUGAUUAUGACACAAAAUUCAGUAACUGGCAAGACGCAAAGUUAAACAGGCUAGCCAUGAAAAUUUCGGCACACCCUUACACCAAUACGACUUUCCAAAUACGAGAAAAGACCACUGGCAAAAUAAUAGCAACAAAUUCUACAGAACCUGAAGCUAGGGUGAGAAGUCUUCAAUGUGAUUCCAGAAGAUGCACAGCUACCGUGGAUAACAAUUGCGUUAAAUAUAAUGGUUACAGUAUGAAAGUGCAAUUCAUUCUGAAGCCAUCGAGUAAGAAAGUCAAGAAUCCCCUCGUUAAAUACGGUGCCGUCAAUUCUGAGGGAAGAGCAACGAUAGCAUUAAAAGAUCUGCUGCCCUUUACGAACUACACCGUAACCGCCAACCCUGCCAACGACGUGGGCGCCGCCACCGACCCCUCCCUCACCAAAGAAACCUCCUUCAUCGCAAUUUCCCAAUGCUAUUGGAAUCCAAGGACUAGGGCAGAGAUCGACGCAAAAACAACCCUGCGCUUCACUUGGAACGGACUUCGGAGUAACAAUGGCAACCCUGGUUACUACACACUCACAUUCUUGGAUGGAGGAGACAAGAGCACUGUGAAAAAUGUCACCGAUACUGAAAUCAAAUUUGCUCACCUGACUCCAGGCAAAAAGUACACGUUAGAAGGGAAGGAGUGCUUUACAACAGUGCACUGUGACAUACUGACGACACUUGAAGAAUGGACGGAACCAGAGAAGCCACGAGUGCUGGAAAAGACAGAACUCCAGACAACAACAGACACCACCAUCACCAUCCAGCUGCCCGUCCUGCAGAACCCUCCAGGAAUGCACUGGAUAUUGCUGAGGAAAUACAGCGGCGGCGGCGACGAACAUCACACAAGGAAGCAAGACACUGAGGAGAAAGCACUGGUAAUGGUUCGCACGGAAAGGGAGAAGGAAAGGAAGGAGGCGCAGGCAAGGAGGAGGAAUAGUCGUUCCGCUGAUCCAGGAGAAAACGAUCACUCGUUGCGAAUUGUGGCUAAGAUCGAGGUGGUGGAGGAAAAGGACCCCGAGGAGUUAGUGGUGGUGGGAGGCGACUGGCAUGGAGGGAAGGGUCUGGAAAGCGACACUGAGUACAUUGUGUUCAUAGUGACGGAGACCAGGGCAGGUCCCUACAGUGGAAUACUUCUCGUGCAAGCCAAGGAUUAUGAGGACAGCGAAACGGCCUAAAGAGCCCGCUUUUCUGGGAAUGGACCGUGGCCCUGUGUUCUGCUGCGCUCUUCCUCAUUUGCUUCAUUGCACCACUGGUGGUGAAACUUAAGAAAUCAAGGUCUCUUGUUCUGACACAGGAAGCAGCUUCCGGAAAAGAGUCGUUGUAACCCAGUCAACAAGGAAGGUAAGGCAUGAAGACAGGAUCAUGCGGACCAUAACUAAGGCCAGCAUUCAGAGACCCUUUGUUCUCUCACCACAGCGACUGAGGUGCUGUCAAAGAAGACUACGAUAUGUUAAGACAAGUAGGAAAUCUACCUGCCAGGUACUAUAUAAUGGUUUAGGGAAUAGACCUUCUGUAUUAGAUAGCUAGUAUACUCAAUAAUUUUGCUCUGUAUUGAUAUCUCUGUUUCCUUAUUCUUGAAAUAAUGAAUAAAAUGCUCAGCAAGCUAUAUUCUCUGUUGUCCGUCGUAGCAAACGAUGCUGUAGUGAUUCUUUGCUCGAUGGAUUUUGUUACUACGAAACCGAGUCUUUUGUAUUGAUUCGAGUCUGUACUGGUGAUGGGCAACAAUAAACCUGGUAACUGCCA